AUGUCGAUGUCCAAGAGCUCGAAGAUGCUCCAGUACAUCAACUACCGGAUGCGCGUGACGAUCCAGGACGGCCGCCAGCUAAUCGGAAAAUUCAUGGCCUUCGACCGCCACAUGAACCUCGUCCUUGGUGACUGCGAGGAGUUCCGCAAGCUUCCGCCGGCGAAGGGCUCCAAGGAGGAGCGCGAGGACCGCCGCACCCUUGGCCUCGUCCUACUCAGGGGCGAGGAGGUGAUCUCCCUCACCGUCGAGGGCCCCCCUCCCCCAGACGACAACCGUCUCAAGACGACCGCGGCCGGCGCCAUUCCCGGUCCGGGGAUAGGCCGCGCGGCGGGAAGGGGCGUUGCCGCCGGCCCGAUAUCCGCGCAGCCGGGGCUCGCCGGGCCCGUCCGCGGCGUUGGUGGGCCCGCGCCGUCCAUGAUGCAGCCCCAGUUCUCGCGGCCUCCACAGAUAGCGGUGCCGCCCAUGGUUUACCCUCAGCAGCCGCCGGUCGUGAGGCCGCCGCCGGCGGCGGCGGUGGCUCCGCCACCGGGAGGAUUUCCAACAAGGCCGGGAAUGCCACCUAUGCCUCAUCCGCCGCAGUUCAGGCCUGGAAUGCAGCCGCUGCCAGGUGGAUUUGCUCCUCCACCUCAGUUUGGACAGAGGCCGCCAAUAAUGCCGCCAGGUCAGAUGAUGAGGGGUCCGCCACCUGGUGGGCCACCACCUAGGCCUGGAAUGCCCCCACCAGGUCAGCAGCAGCCACCUAGGCCAGGGAUGCCGCCACCUAUGCCCGGCGGACAAGCUCAAAUGUUUGGUCCACCUAGGCCGGGAAUGCCACCACCGCCUAAUGCUCCUCCUCAGAAUCAACAGUAG